AUGAAAGAUAUUCCAACGACAUGUGUUGCUGCUGUUUAUUCAGAAAUAGAACCUAAGCCACAAUUAAAAGAUAUUGAAAAAUUUAUGCGUGAUCAUGGUGCUGAACCAGUGUUAGAUUUUAGUUCGGAAGAUCUUGAAAGCAAAGUUGAAUCGAUUAUACGUGAAUUAAGAAAUGUUCUUAAAGAUUCUUUACUUGAAAGCGAUAUGGAAAUGUUUCUUAAUUCUGUAAUGAGUUUAAUAUUGGUUGUACCUGAAGAUAAAAUAAAUCGACCAAUUUUAAAUUUUUCGGAAGCUAUUGUAAAUGCAAAUCUACCCGAAAAAUAUGGACCAAUAAAAAUUCGAGUAUUAACGAAUUUAAUUUAUGUAAUACCGGAACAUGCUAAUACAGAUAAAUAUCGUAUUUUGAUGGAUUUAAUUAAAUGUGCUCGAAAUCAUCGAUGUAUCAAUGCUGUAUCAGUUGGAAUAAGUCAAGUAAAAAUUUGGGUUAAAGAAUGGAAAGUUUCAAAUGAACAAGUUCAAGAACUCUAUCGAAAUAUGCAUGAAGCAUAUGCAGCAAUUGGUGAUUCAACAAAUGCAUUACAACUUUUACUUGAAUUACUUGGUACAUAUACAAAAGAAACAGCAUCAAAAGCUCGUACAGAUGCAUUCAAAUGUAUUAUCAAUAGUAUUAAUGAUCCAAAUGUAUUCAUAAUGGAUCAUCUUCUUUUACUUGAACCUAUAAAAGUUCUCGAAGGAGAAAAUAUUCAUAAAUUAUUAAAUAUUUUUGUUCUUGGUCGUUUACAAGAUUAUCUUGAAUUUUAUUCAAAACAAAAAUCAUUUAUUGAAUCAUCAGGUAUUAAACAUGAAAGAAAUUUAACAAAAAUGCGUUUAUUAACAUUUCUUCAAACAGCUGAAAGUCAAAAAGAAUUAACAUUUGAUGCAAUUGAAAAAGAAAUGCAAAUACCAUCUGAUGAUAUUGAAUCAUUUAUAAUUGAAGCUGUACGAACAAAAAUGAUACGUUGUAAAAUUGACCAUCUUGCACGAAAAGUUAUUAUUGAUAGUACAGCACAACGUUCAUUUACAAAACAACAUUGGAUAUCGUUAAAAGAAAAACUUGAAUCAUGGAAAUCUAAUUUAACUAUGAUUAAUAAUAAUCUUCAUACAUUAUUAAAUGCAAGAGCAGUAACAACAUAG